AGUCAGGUAGGACCCGCCUGGCUACACCGGCUCGGGCGCUGAGCCGCCUCCAUUGGUGGGUUUGACCGCGAGGGCUGCCAGCAUGCAGCCCCAGGGUGAAGAGAGAUUCCGGAUCCUGGUGGGGACGGAAGGGGACAGCUACCCGCUGAUGGACAUGGACACUCCUGAGCCUGAUCGCCGCGACCAGACCCUGGCGGACUACGUCCUGGUGGCCGAUUAUCGCACCCAGAGGGACCCCAGGCAGGUCCACCGGCAGCGGCAGUUCCUGAAGGAGCUGCAGGCCAAGGGCUUCCAGUACAAGGUGAAGGAGGACCGGGAGAAGGUGUUCUUCGGGAUCAGAGCGGACAGCAGCAUCUUCAGCCUGUACCGCACGCUCCUCAUGGAGCCCGGGGCUCCGGCCGCCAGAGUGGACUCAGCCAGGCCGAUCACCGUCCCGGACACCACCAGAAUCCGGAUCGUCAACUUCAUCCUCAACUGCAGGACGGCAGCGGGCGACACAUUUGAGGAUUUGGUGAAGGACGGGGUCUUUGAGACCCGGUUCCCCCUGCACAAGGUGAGGGGCUGCUUGGGAGCCCGGCCUGAGGGCGGGGCCGGAGGCGGGGCUCGCACCCAGUCACCUGAGCCGGGGAAGGAGAACCUGGAGAGGACAUGGGCCCGUUGGAGAAACAUGUUCCGUAAGCAGCCCAUCGACGAUAUCAGGAACUACUUCGGUGAGAAGGUGGCCCUGUACUUCGCCUGGCUGGGCUGGUACACCUGCAUGCUGGUCCCCGCCGCACUGUUCGGCCUCAUCGUCUUCCUGAGCGGCUUCUCGCUGUUCAAUGCCAGCCAGAUCAGGGCCGCCUGUGACCCCCUCCUCCGCGCAGCCACCGUGUUCCUGGAGUUCUGGAAGCGGCAGCGGGCCCACGUGGUGCUGCACUGGGACCUGUACGGGUGGGACGAGGACCAGGAGGAAGUGGCGCUGGAGCUCAUGAACUGCCCGGACUACGAGCUGCAGCUGCACCAGCACUCCUACCUGAAGAGCACCAUCAUCCUCAUCCUGUCCCUGCUCAUGAUCUGCCUCAUGAUCGGCAUGGGCGUGGGCCGCCGUGGAGGGACGGGUGAGGGAGCCGUGUGUCCUCCAGAGAAGUCCAGGACCUUCUCGGAGCGAGAGAGCAAGUUCACGGUGAAGUUCUUCACGCUGCAGUUCUUUGCGCACUUCUCCUCGCUCGUCUACAUCGCCUUCAUCCUGGGCCGGAUCAACGGUCACCCCGGGAAGACCGUGCGCCUGGCAGGCUUGUGGAAGCUGGAGGAGCGCCCAGAGCCAGUGCUCCGGGGCCCUCCACCCACUACCUGGUUCCUGUCCCCCAGGUGGCUGUCCCACAAGUGGCGCUCCAUGCGGGGCAGCGAGGCCCGGGACCCCGAGCUGAGGGACUGGCAGCGCAACUACCGCCUAAACCCCGUCUACACCUUCAGCUUGUUUGACGAGUUCAUGGAAAUGACCCCUUCCUGUCUAUGCCCAGACGGGGGGUCAGGAGAGCGAAGGCGGGCUGUCAGCCUUGGCCCAGGUCUCUUCUCGGGGUCUGGCCCGUGGCUGCCAUGGGUGCAGUGCCCAGAGGUGGGACGAGGCCCCCCGAUAUCCAGGCUCUUCGCUUGGGGGAUGGACGGUGGGCACGGAUGGAGGUGGGGCCGGCAGCAGCAGUGGUCAUGGCUGGAGGAACCAGACAGCCUCUCCCCACUGCUUGGCGCAGGGACCUGGCUGCAGGUGCUGGAGACCAUCGGGGUGCUGGCGGUCAUUGCCAACGGGAUGGUCAUCGCCUUCACGUCCGAGUUCAUCCCCAGGGUCGUCUACAAGUACCGCUACGGCCCGUGCCGGCAGGGCGCCCACUCUUCAGCCGACUGCCUCACUGGCUACAUCAACCACAGUCUGUCCGUGUUCCACACCAAGGACUUCGAGGACCCGGUCAGGAUAAAGGGCUCAGAGAACAUCACUGAAUGCAGGUACCGGGACUACCGCAACGCUCAGGACUACAACUUCUCGGGACAGUUCUGGACGCUCCUGGCCAUCCGGCUGGCCUUCCUCAUCCUCUUCGAGCACGUGGCCCUGUGCAUCAAGCUGGUGGCGGCCUGGUUCGUGCCGGACGUGCCGCAGUCGGUGAAGAACAGGGUCCUGCAGCAGAAGUACGAGGUGCUCCUGGGCAAGCUGCGCGGGGGGCCGAGGCCGCUGUGGGGGCCGGGCCUGGGCCUGAGGGCCACUCCUGCCUCCAGCUCCAGCCUCCGGAGCACGGACGUGUAAGGGACCCGGAGCUGCUGCUGGCACCAGGCAGGGCCUCAGCCGCCACCGCCGCCCCCACCCUGCUCACGGCCGUGUGUGUGUGUGUGUGUGUAGGGGGUGUAAGAAGGCUCACAUGUAUGUGGGUAUGUGAGGGGUCCUGGGAGGCCCAUGUAUAUGAGGGACACUGGGGGGUCUGUGUAUAUAAAGGAUCCAGGAAGGCCUGUGUAUAUGAGUGGCCUGGGGUGGCCCCUGUAUACGGGAGAUCCUGGGGGGUCUGUGUAUAUGAGAGUCCCGGGGAGGCCCCUGUAUACGGGAGAUCCUGGGGGGUCUGUAUAUGAGGGGUCUAGGGCACAGUGGGCAGCACACUUAGCUAUUCCAUCUGUUAGGGCUCAGGCUUGGCCCAACCCUGGCUGAACUCCGGGUGAGCACUGCCCCCCAUACAACGGAAGGGGGUGCAGGCACAACACAGGAAAGCCAGCCGUUGCUGGGCCCCCUCUGGCUUCUGGGCCCCAUCCUGCCCCACCCCCUCCCUGGCUAGUGAGAGGCCCGGGCCCCACCUCUCUGGCUCCCCUAAGCCAGCAGAACUUUUUAUAAUAAAAUAAAACCUCUUUGUGCCAA